AUGGGGAUUGAAAGAUUUUGCGAAUUCAUCGGAAAAUCGGGUCGAAAAAUAGAGCACUAUAGCAAAUUCAUUCCUGUCGCGUUAAGCUUGAAGAACCUUAUAGUUUUUGGUGAAACUGCUCCAGCUUCAAAGUCAUUUGAGUUCCUAAAAUAUGAACUUCCAGUGCGUUUUGCUAACAUCAUGCAGGAGUUUCGCCUUCUACCCUCUGUGCUGAGAGAAUCAAGAGCUGUGCAACAAAUAUGUUCAUUAUACGAAGAGACGUUUGAUACUCUGAUGAAAUAUGAGGAAUGUUCACCAAGGGCACCAUCUGUUGUUUCUGAAUUCACAGAUGACGUUGAUAACAUUUUACAGAAACAUUCAAGAAUCGUUGAAAUUUUGGCAGUGAAAUCCAGAAUAGUAGAUCGUGGUGUGAGGAUCAAGAACUACAACUGCAAUAUUUUCUGGAUCGUUUUUAUGUGA